AUGGCGCGGUCGCCAGAACGACCGUCGUCCCAGUGCCAUUCUCCUCCGCUCUUCUUGCUCUUGCUCUUGCUCCUCCUCGCAAGAGACGCGGGCGUCUCCGGGAAUCCGGGCUCCGCACUCGCGCACGGGGGGACGAAGGCGAUGAUCCUACCGCUGAUCCUAAGGGCGGCCAACUCAACACUACGGUUCCCCGCCGAGGGGGAUCACUGGAGGCGACGGCUGCGGCAUCUGCAGGGAUCCGACGACCAGAAGCAAUCUGCCCGCACGAGGCUUUAUGACGAUCUCCUCAGUAACGGGUUCUGUCUGCCACCCCUUUUCUCCUAGACUAACCGAUCUACAUCUUUCACCUUUUUUUUCUAGCUUUGAGCGCUUCCAUCGGGCUAGAGGUUUCUCAUCUUUUGCUUACUUUGGGUCGGAUCUACCUCUUGCAGGUACUACACAACGAGACUCUUGAUUGGGACGCCGCCUCAAGAGUUCGCCCUGAUCGUGGACUCGGGAAGCACCGUGACGUAUGUCCCCUGCUCUACUUGCGAGCAGUGUGGUAAGCAUCAGGUACGCUACGAACGUGUAAAUUACACUGAGUGCUAUGUCGUCUUGCAAAAUUCGAUUGUUUGAAAGUGGUUUUAAAAUUUGAGUCAUGAACAUGACAAUUACCCAAGGCAGGGUGGUUAUUAUUUUUUGUAAUUUGCGGACGUUUCUAUUAAAAAAAUGUGAAAGCUAGAUUGGAAAUUUCCCGUCACAAAAUAAUCGUCCCUACACAGACAUUCACGCCUCUUUGACCUUGAAGUCAUCGUCUGCCUUACUACUCCCCUUUUCUGCGCCAAGAAUGCCUUGAAUAGCCUUUCUACAGUGCCUCUGUCACAGUAAUUAUUUUGAAUAGCAGGUUUGCCUUUUAUAGUGGAACUAUCUGCCCAGUAAUUGGCUGUGACCCUUACGUGAGUUGAUAGGUGAGUAGAGAAAUGCUGAUUUACACACUGGAUUUGCGCUGCAUUUGGCACUACUGACCUUGACUACGUGGUUUCUCUUACUAUGACUUUUUUUCGCUUCGUGAUUUCUUUUUUAUUAAUCCUUUGGCGAGAGGGAGGCAGUGAACCACCAGGGCUACUUAUUUGUCAGUUGGUCGCCUUAGAUUUCCACUUCCAUGAUGUUUGGUUCCCCGUGGAAAGAAUUAUCUGACUCAGGUGUCAUCCUUUUCCCCUCAACUUCCACCCCUAAUACCACACGUCCGCAUCUGAGGAUGAACCAUUUUGAGUUUUCCUCAGGUUGACAAGAUGAUUCUCCAAUUUUUGUUAGCAGAGGAAAACCAGUGAUUCGAGUAUUUUGUAAAUCUCAAAAGUAUGAAAUUUGUAUGAGCCGUACAAAAUGAUAUGUUGGAGAAGAUUUGUCAGAGAAUCGUCUAUUUAACGCUUGCCUCGACUGAGAUCCAACAUGAGAAAUAUUUCUAUGGAUAGUAGCUAUUAUGGAAAAGGAUACAUUCAAAUGGGAAAAUUAGCGUAGAUUGUGAUCUAGUUUCGUCUUAAAUUGCGUCGACUUAUGUUUAUGGCGUUCAUAUUUUUUGGAACUAGAUGCCUUUUUAAAAAAAAAUCAUUUUUCUUGAAAGCAUACAUGCUUAUCGGUGGGGUUCUCUAUUUAGCUUCAAUUUCGAACUUCAGACCAAAAGCAUUGGAUACGUACAUACUAGUAGAAAUAUUUAUUUUUCAUCUGUUCCUAGUUAUAUAUACUAAUCUCAUUUUCUUUCUAGGACCCAAGGUUCCAGCCUGAUAAAUCAAGCACCUAUCAGCCGGUAAAAUGUAAUGCUGAUUGUGCUUGUGACGAUGAAAAGAACCAGUGUACAUAUGAGAGGCAGUAUGCAGAAAGGAGCUCUAGCAGUGGGGUUCUUGGUGAGGAUCUUAUCUCAUUCGGCAAGGAGAGCGCACUUGUGCCACAACGGGCUGUUUUUGGCUGUGAAAAUUCAGAAACUGGCGAUCUGUACACUCAGCGUGCUGAUGGCAUCAUGGGCCUAGGCCGUGGUCGGCUCAGUGUGAUGGAUCAACUUGUUGAAAAGGGGGUUAUCAGUGAUUCGUUUUCCCUAUGCUAUGGCGGGAUGGGCGUUGGAGGUGGUGCGAUGGUUCUUGGUGGAAUUUCUCCUCCUCCUGACAUGGUCUUUUCCUAUUCUGACCCGAAUCGUAGGUACGAUUAAUUUCACUUUUCAAAUGAUAAGUACUCUUUUGCUUAUAGCAUAAAUGCAUUUGGUGCAUCUCACACAUUUACUCUAGCCUUGGGGUGGCAAUAGUCCAUAUUAUAAUCUAGACUUGAAGGAAAUACACAUCGCUGGGAAGAAGCUGCCGUUAGAUGCAAGGAUAUUUAAUGGAAAGUAUGGAACUGUUCUGGACAGUGGCACUACAUAUGCAUAUUUACCGACAACAGCAUUUGAUUCAUUUCGUGAUGCUGUAAGUUACCAUUUUAUUUUUUACUACUAUUUACUGAAGAAACCUGAAACAUCUGCUGAAAAAUAUGUUAUUUAUUUGUAAUCAGUUUCAUCUGAAACAUCUGUUGUUGAUUUAUUACUUUUAAUUGGGAUUAUUGGGACAAUUGCUCAUGAAAAUAUUUAAUAACCAAAUCUUUUCUACGCACACAGUUGACUUAUCUUCAGGGUAUCCAUUAAAGUAGUGAAGCCUUUCUGGAACGAAUCAUGACUCUUACGAUGAUUACUGUAACAGUUCGAGAAAGGAAAAAUUUCCAAGGGAAAUGAAGUUAAUGUUCGGCUUUGAAAACGUUCUUGGGCCCUUCUUAUCAAAACAAACUAUGUGAGGUGAUGGUGCCCACUGAUACAGACUAUCAUAUGACUGGUAGUAUUAUAAGGACUAGGCCAAAACAGAGUAAAUCGAACUUUGAAAUGAUUUAGGGAUUUCUGUAUCUAGGAUCAUCUGCCAGUCAUUAGAAAGAGAACAAGAAAUAGGUCCAGAAGACUGAAAUAUUAUGUUGUAGUUCAGCUUAGUGUGCAGUAUAGUGUAAUUCUUCUUUAAACGUUUCAAUUUUAAUGUGAAAUUAUUUAUCUGUUCUUCUUCUCUCGUAGCUGCAAGAUAGUAGUUAUUUUUUAAUUGUUCAGUGCGUUCUAGGUCAUGAAGCACGUUGAUUCUCUUCUCAAGCAAAUCCCUGGUCCAGAUCCCAGUUAUAAGGAUAUCUGUUUUUCUGGGGCUGGAAGGUACUGCACUGUUUUUUAGUUUAAUUUCGUUGUUUGAUGGAUAAAAUCCUCCUUUCUAAUCUAAAAGUAACUAUUUAAGUGUUUUUUUUAUCGUACGCAGCAACGUCUCCCACCUUUCCGAGACUUUUCCUGAAGUUGAUAUGGUAUUCGGUAAUGGUCAGAAGUUGUCACUUUCUCCCGAAAACUACUUAUUCCGGGUAAUAUAGUGAUGACAGAGUAGAUGCUCCUCGGUUAAGAGUUAUAUUGCGAUUACUCAUUAUGUAGGAUUUUUCUGUUUGUGAUCCUUGUAAAAUUCACUUUGGUUUAUUCACUUUGUGCUUCUUUAUUUUCGUGGUCUAUGUACAGCAUUCAAAGGUGCUUGGUGCAUAUUGCCUUGGGAUUUUUAAGAAUGAAAAUGAUCCAACAACACUUCUGGGAGGUACAAGUUUUGAAAUUGUCUUUUUGUUUGGCUAGUGAUCAUAUUCCUUCUAUUUAAGCCAUAAUCAAGUUAACACAAUAUCAACACUUCCGCUUUUCUGCACACUCUAUUAAUGAGUUGACAACUACCGUACUGCGCAACCUGAUAAUGUAAUAAAUUAUUGUUUCAGUUUUGUGCAUCUAAUUGAAAACCAUCCACUGUACUAGAAGGAGAGAGUUUUUCUGCUCAUCGCUCUUGUGUAUCUUUCAUUUUAUGAGCUGGUUGAGUAGCAGUCUUUUUAUUAUAUAGUAAGUCACAAGUUCUUACGAUUCCUUUUUUUCUUUUACAGGAAUUAUUGUUCGAAAUACUCUAGUAAUGUAUGACCGUGCGAAUCAAAAAGUUGGUUUCUGGAAAACCAAUUGUUCGCAGUUGUUGGAGAAACUUCAUUUUGGUGAUUCUUCUUUGCUAACUCCAGCACCAGCUCCUUCUGAUCCCUUUUCUGGUAAUUCAACUACGGCACCGCAACCUGUAUUGUCUCCCAGUGGUUCACCAGACAUGCUGCCAGGUCAGAUGACUGACAUCUUAAAAGUUGGUCUCAAUAUUUGCUUCUGACCAUUAAUAACACCAGAUCAGGAACCAAUCGACGUUAGGGAAUAAUCGACUUGCUCUACCGGUUUAAGUAUUUGCAUGAAACAUUUUUCUCCAUGGAAUAAUAUGAUAAUCCUGCCUCCAUUUUUUUGGUCUUCGAUAAAACAAUGCACACCAUAUUCAGUUUGGAAACAGAGAAUAGUUCUGGUGCUGAAAGUUGAUUUGUUUCGACACAGGAGUGUGUUUGAAACGUUUGUUCAGGUUUAUGGCCAAUAUUGGUUUUCAGGGAGAUGGAAAGAUGCAUCCUAGUCGGUGUUGAUAGGAGACAAAUGAAGUUGAUCAGUUUUGUCUUAAUACUCGUUCACAUUUAAUUUUGACACCUUCAACCGGCCUCCAAUAAAAAAAGCAAGUAAAAGAGCGGCUUACGCUGAUCUACCAAUUUUAGAGAUAGAUGGUUCGAGUUGGAGUGCCCCCCACGGAUCUUGAUAACAACACUUGUAAUGAAAAGUUUCGUUGUUUCAUCCUUGGGAACGCCUCAAGUCUUGAAGUCAGUGGAUGUUUUUUGAAUCGUUUUCUCGCUUCACUUCACAGCGCACUAUUUUUUUGCCUAAAGAGAGAAACAAAAACGUUUUACCAGCCAACAUUUGAAAUAGUUGUUUCAGUUAGUGGAGCGAGGCUUCGCCGAUUGAGAACAUCUUCCGGUUGGUUUUAUUUAUAUCUCCGGGCUGGGGAGUGAGGCUUCGCCGAUUGAGAACACCCAUCUUGCUUUCUCGGUUAUAUAUAUAUAUAUAUAUCUCCGGCUGUCGAGCUGGGGAGGUGUGCUACAUAAACUCACGAACAGUGUUGCACGCCUUGCUUAAUACCUGAAGAAUCUUGGUGAAGCGUCGACCCUGAAUCUUUUAAUCUUUGUUUUGAGCUCAAACACCAACAAUUAUUUAGUCAUUGUUCUCAUUGUGUUUCGCGAAAUAGCCGUCAGCACUCUUCAACGAAAUGUUUAGGUCUCAAUAACAAUCUUGUGCCUUAGAUUUAUUAACCUAGUAAAUUGCGUGGAAAAAUGUGAAAACAUUGUUGUCACAUCAAGAUGAUCUUUCAGUUGAUAUGGGGAGUGAAAAAGAAAUUUUGAAGUAUCAUGCGAAUGGCUAGAAAGUGUGUACUGGAGAGGUGUAUGACCUAUGGUAGCUUAAUAUUUCCAUCAUAAUGAAAGUCAUCAUUGUUUAUCUUUUUCCUUUCUGAUUAUUUCCGGGUGAACAUAGAUGGUCUCUGUUUCUAAUGUACUUUUGGUGUUUAAUUCUAGGCGAGUGGAAUGUUUCGCUUAUCACAUUUGAUAUUCAUGUAAGCAUGAAUAAGUCGGACCUGGUGCCACAUAUCUCAGAACUUGCAGAGUAUAUUGCACGUGAUUUGGAAGUCAAUGCAUCUCAGGUAAUAUAAAAUAUACUGUGUUUUGUUUCUUAUUUAGAUACGCUCUAUGCGUUAACGAGGAUGCAGUGUACAUCCUCAGGUCUAAGUCAAACCUAUGAUUCGUGAAUUCCUUGUUAAUGAUCUCUGUUAUCGCGGAAACAAACAGGUCAGCUUAAUAAGUCUCAAGAGUGAAAGCCAAGGGUCACUCAUAAGAUGGAGUAUCUCUCCUUCAGGUUCUGCUGAUUUUAUUUCCCGUGAUGCUGCAGUGGUGAGGCUUUUUCGUGGUUCCAGUGCUUAGCUAGCCGACCAUGUUAGCGCCGAGUCUCCUGUUUUAAGUUGAAUGGAACUCGUUUCAGGGGAUAAUAUCUCGCUUAAUUGAACACGGUGUCCACCUUCCGGAGAAGUUUGGAACUUCCAAACUUGUUGACUGGAAAGUGGAGCGUCUAUCUGAGAGGUAAUAACUUAAUUAUGCGCUGAAUGUUAUGUUUUAUUUUGCUUUUUGUGAAUGCAUAAUCUGGUUUAAACUAGAAGGUAUUUUUAUAAGUGAGUUUGACGUUUGAAAUUCAGUAGAUACACGUGGUUUAAUUUAGCAGAUACUCAAGGAAGAGAACCAUCUUUUCUCUUUUUAACAGAUCUAAGAAACUUGGGUUUUUCAAAGAGAGGAAGUUUCUGGUGAAUUAUAGUCAUUGUUACGGGACUCUUAAUCGACAAGGGAUAAUUCCAAUUCCCCUCUGAUAUACUCGUGUUUAGUUUGUAUGCCAUAAUCUAUACCUUUGUGUUUGGUGAAAACCAUAGUCAGGUUUGGAUUGGGUGAUUUAGAGCGGAUAUGGUCAAGGGUGGAGGGACAUGAAAGAAGCCAGACAAUCCAAGCCAAAAAAGCUGGGAGUUAGCCAAUCCAAUGUGGUAUGCCCGGCAUUGGUAAUUGGACAUGAAGAAAUUAAGAAGGCUAUCAUUUUUGUUCCGUCUGUCGAUUUGGCUAAUCCCAUCCUGAUCCCCGGACGUAUGGGAUCAGAACUCGCUAUUCAGGCUUCACGAUCCAAUUGUAUGUCUCACAGAGACAGAAGAGCAAACACUUGGAUGAUGCGCGAACAUUCAGGCCAAUCCAUAGCAAACUUUCAUUUGUUAGCUUAAAGUGUCUUUCUUCAAUUGGUAGAUUUUAAUAUCAUAAAACUCUUUCAUUUUUUUUCAAUUAAAAAUGUAUCGUUUUCGAACUUAUGGGAAGGGUUUUAGGUCGAGCUUGAUCCCAUGUGAACCUUGUCGACGAGGGGCCAUUCGACAUCCAUUUAGUCUGUCGCAUUAUGCGUGUGCUCCUUGUAUUGACUUAAACGCCCGUCAAUCCUCACAAACCACCGGAAAAUAAAUGAAAGGAGAGAAAAAAGAACCUUGGACCAACUAUUAGGAAUAUCUUUCCAUUCUCUUCCUUUUGUUUCUUCCCUUCCUGAAAGUUGACUAUGAGAUGACCUUCCAUCCUUCACUAAACUCCAUGAGCUCUUGGAUUGCAUGGCUACUGUUGAUUGGCAACUGAUUUCCGAUCUGCAAUACAAGUUGUAAACCUUGGUCCAAACCUGGCAAUUCCCACGAGAAAAUAUAAACCAGUUUUCUAUAGUCCUUGCUUGUUCUUGAUAAAUUCUCACCAUCAACACUCAUCAGUGAAUGCACAUAACUUCGCCUCAGGGUUUUAAUUUUUCUCAGAAUGACAUUUGUACUGGUUACCGUAGACCAAUCUAUGUGCACAGUGGUAGUCGGAUUCAACACCACCACGAGAAGCAAAUUUUGGUGUCCUUUUGUAUCCGAAGAUGGUGUCAAACCCUGAAAUUCCUGAGUCAGUGGUCGGUAAAGUGACUUGAUUACUUUGUGUAUGGUUCAGGACAUGGUGGAGAGGGCAUCAAUCGGUCAUUGUAGUGGGAGUUUCGGUGUUUGUGGUGUUUAGUUUUUCAGCAUUUUUCGUGUGGCAUUUUUGGAGACAUCGGCUGGGGGGAACAGCGUACAGGCCUGUGGAUUCUGCCCACCCGGAGCAAGAACUUCAACCUUUGUAA